AUGCCGCGAGCCGUAGCAAGGCUGAAUCGCGUGUUUUCCCCGGGCUGUUCCCAUGGCCCACAAGUGGCUGACGAACCUACGCUCUUGACUUCGACGCGGGCUGCCGACUCUCACUAUGUCUGGCCACCACGAUCCCCCCGGCGCGCUAACUACGGAAGUGAUUAUGACUCGGACUACGGGUCUGCGCCGUCGGUCCCUGACACAAACGACAGCAUUCGCUCCUAUGCGCCGGACUCAGACAUCUAUUCCCCCGACACCUCGUUUGAUGCCGACACCUCGUUAGAUGAACAUGACCCCCGCGGUCAGAAUAUGCAGGUCAUCCGAGACCUGGAGGCCUAUGGUUCUGCCCAGAAGGUUGGCGUGGCCUCCGCUAACCGGGGGAUCCCAGACGAUUUUUGGGACCUCUUCAGGCGGGUCCUCCCAGAUGGUGAUGAGCAGGAGGUCAUGCGCGAGGCCUUCGUGGCGAUUUGGGAGCUACAGAAUCAGUGGGUGGCUAACAAUCGAGACGGGUUUUUGACGAAGUCCAUUACGGGGAUGGCGGAACAACAGUUCUGGCUGAUUCAAGAUGUUUUGGCGAGGAGCUGGCAGUGGGACUUGCACACCGGCAUACUGAAGCACUGGAUUUCUUUCAUCCGUUGCUUAACUCUUGAUUUCUGGCCGCAGGAACGCAGAGCGAUCGCUGUAGCGCCAACGUUCGAGGAGGAGUUCGCCUUUCCCAUCGCGUCCACUGUCAAGAGAUACAUGUCCGUCAGCGGGAUGGGCUGGUCCAAGGUCACGACGAGCGUUGCACCCCGGACAACAAUCAAGAACUCUGACGUGCAGUUUCGCAUCAAAUAUGGCGCGGUCAGGCUCGACGGACACGAGAGCAAACUCGGUAGGGAGGUCUUCCUUGUUAUGGUGGCUCAGAGCAGAACAGAGUUCUUGUACCAAGCAAAGAAGAUGGCCGCCGCCGUGCCGUCCCUCAAGAGGCUCCAGGGCUUCAUGAUCGUCCUUAUAGGAGAUCUAGGCGAGGGUCAUGACGGUCUUGAGUUCAUACCGGCCUCGAGCUUCGACCCCGGUACACGGAUCGAAUGCUGCAUGCUGUCGUACGAACGACAGGAGUUCGUCAUGUUCAAUCAUCGAGCUGCGAGUGCAGUGGGGUUCCAGGAUUGGGAGAACGAUCCCAAUUUCAUGCGGUGGCUGGAUCUCAUUCAGCCAGGAUCAGCUUCACCGAAGACGAUGCCUCCCGACGCAUUCCUCACAUUCAACGCUCGCAUGCAAUCUAUCCUCACCUGGCACUACCUCCAUCAACUGAAGCCGCAACAGUGGACGAAGCGUCCCCCUGUGCAGACUCGAUCGAAAGAUUGGGGAAACGUUGGCGCAGAUCUUAUGUCCAUGAUGCACGCGGCGUCGCAGCAGAUCGCCAGCGGACUUAGUGGCAUAGGAGGCAAGGCAUUUUUAGGCGGCGGUAUCGGACCGUACGGUGAGGUCGGUCUGUUCAGGCAGGAGAUGUACGACGGCGAAGAUUGA